AGAGGACGUUUUGAUGGGUGCUCCGUGAUAAAUCCGAACCCACUUUUUUCUCUUUGAGUCGCCUCGUCGUUGACAGCCUUUUCGCAUCCAUUGAAUUAUUGUUUUUUUUUCUGCUUCCGAGAGAAGUUUCAGUUUACACUGUACUCCUCAUCGCACGCGGGCUCUUCAAAAGAUGGUCUCGUUUACCUGCAACCGCUGCCAGGAUGUGGUGAAGAAGCCGAAGGUGCAAACUCACGCCAACAGCUGCGGCGCCCACUCCUUCACCUGCGUCGACUGCAUGUACGUCUUCGACUUGGACUCCAUCAAAGCGCACACCUCUUGCGUGACCGAGGAGGACAAGUACCAGGGCAAGUGGAAGCAGAAGCUGAGCAGCAACAGCGGCAACAGCGGGGAGGCUCCACGUGGCAUUGAGCGGCCACCGCGUGCACCGAUGAACGACCUCAGCUCGUCGGACGAGAGCGAUGACGACUGGGUGAAGAAGAGCAGCAAAAAUGGAAAGACGGGAGGAGGGGAGUCGAAGAAGAAGUCGACACCAACAGCUACUGCUGCAGCUCCUGCAGCGCGCCGCAAGAACCCGCGCCCUGGCGUCAGCCCGUCCUCGGAUGAUGAGGGCGACGCUCACGCACCGCCGGUGAAGAAGGCGAAGACGGCUCGGUCCGCCUCCGCCACUCCCGCGACGCACCCUGCUGCUCCGUCUGCGGCUUUGUUGCGCUCACCGCGGAGCGCCUCCCUCGGUCCGAAGGCGGCGAAGACGCCCGUGCCGGAGGUGAGGCACGCAACGAAGCACGCAACGGAAGCGAGGGGCGAGGUGGAAGAUGCGCCGUCGCACCCAGUCAAGAAGGACACCCCCCUGCUGCUGCCGCGGUCCACGACGUCGACGGAGUGCAUCGUGCCGUCGUUUGUGCUCGGCACGAGUGCAGACGUUGCGGAGAUCGUGAGAGACGUGUUUGCGGAGAGGGGCGUCACGGCGAUGCGCAGCAAGGACCUGGCGCUGCGCCUGGUAGAGCGCUAUGCGAAGCGCAUUGCGAAGUCGGUGCGUCAUGCUGUGGAUACGGCGGUGGAGCUGGGCGCGCUGAGGUUGGACAAGGAUAGCAACAUUGCUCUGGCCUAA